AUGCCAAAAGCUACCGAAGUCCUGUAUUACUUGGUUCACGUUCAGCAACUGCGGUCCAUAAUACAAUGGAAAGUUUGGCAUAAUCCAGUUCAUGAGCGCGACGAAAGCAAAGAGCCCGAGUCAGUCAAGAUCUGCUUCCAAUAUCUUGAUAAGACCAGCCGCAGUUUCAGCGCAGUCAUCAAAGAGCUACAUCCCGAACUCCUAAUACCCAUUUGCCUUUUCUACUUGAUCCUGCGAGGAUUGGACACCAUCGAAGAUGAUACGUCGAUCGCCGCAAAGACGAAAGAGCCCCUUCUCCGCAAAUUCCAUGAAAAUCUCGAGGUUGAUGGGUGGCAUUUUGAUGGAAACAGGCCCGAGGAGAAGGAUCGAGAUCUGUUGGUCAAUUUCAGAUAUGUGAUCGAAGAGUACAAGAAGCUCAAACCUGCAUACAAGGAGGUCAUCAGAGACAUCACAGAAAAGAUGGGCAACGGCAUGGCAGACUACUGCUUGAAUGCCGAAUUUAAUGAGGUCGGGGUCCAGACGAUCGAUGAUUAUGACCAGUAUUGCUUUUACGUCGCGGGAUUGGUGGGAGAAGGACUGACGAGAAUGUUUGUCGAAAGCGGAUUUGGCAACCCAGCACUUCUCGAGAGACCGCAUCUGCACAGGUCUAUGGGAUUGUUCUUGCAGAAGGUCAACAUUACUCGAGACAUCCGCGAGGACUUUGAUGACAAUCGAAAAUUCUGGCCAAAGGAGAUUUGGUCGAGACAUGUGGACAAGUUUGAGGAUUUGUUCAAGCCCGAGAACAAGGAGAAGGCUCUCAAUUGCAGCUCUGACAUGGUUUUGAAUGCGCUUGAGCAUGCAGACGAAUGUUUGUACUAUCUCGCCGGGCUGAGGGAGCAGAGCGUCUUCAACUUCUGCGCCAUUCCCCAGUCCAUGGCGAUUGCAACGCUGGACCUUUGUUUCCGGAACUAUGCUAUGUUCCAACGCAACAUCAAAAUUACCAAGGGCGAGGCCUGCCAGCUAAUGAUCGAAUCUACUCAGAACCUUGAAGUGGUGUGUGAUGUGUUCAAGAAGCAUGUUCACUCAAUCCGCAAGAAGAACCGACCACAAGACCCCAAUUUCUUGAAGAUCAGCAUUGCUUGCGGCAAGAUCGAGCAGUUUAUCGAAUCCAUCUUCCCAUCACAGAAGAUCGCGGAUGUGCUUGCCAAGGGCAAGGCUGAGGAAGCCAAAGCCCAGCCUGGUGAGAAAGGUGACACGUUGAUUUUGUUCGGUGCCGUGGCGACAAUGCUGGUGGUAGUUGCUUUUUCUAUGCUUUUUGUUGCUUGGAUGCUGGGCGCUCGAUAUGAUACCGUCUACGCGGAAUUCAAGAACCUCUUGGGAGAGUUCAGUGCACAGUUCUCCGGUAGGAGUAUCACGACUGGCGCCGAGAAUGGCCACGGCGAACUGUGA